AUGAUAUCUGGAUCAGACCUCUCCUCCGCGUACAGACAGCAAAUGCUGGGAGGACGCAGACAGACGGCGGCCACCCUGGAAGAGGUCCAGGAUUUGGUGAGUCCCAACGCAGCCAUGCUGCGGCUGUUGGGGCUGUGGCGCUCACCGCGGUCUGACGGCGAGGGUACCGGCGGUGCCCUGGCUGUGGUGCGCAGCUGGCUCUGCUGCGCCAUGGUGGGCUUCGCCUCGGUCACCACCGGGGCCAAGCUGUGCGUGGACACUCCGGAGGACCUGACCGCGCUCACCGACUGCGGCUACAGUCUGUUACGGCUGUCUGCCAUUGCGGUGAAGGUUGCGUGCUUCAUUCUGCAGAGGACCACUCUCCAAGAACUUGUCAAGCAGCUGGCGGACAUUAGGAAGAUACACGGAAAAAGACAGGCCAACGGUCGUGUGCGCAGCUUCUACCAGCGGCGCGCCACUAUUGUCUACCGCAGCCUACAGGUAUUAGUGAUGACAGUAAUUUGUGGCUGGGUCACCGCACCGCUGUUGCAACACAAGAAAGCCGAUGAAAUUCCUGAAUCACAGAAGGUGGAACGACAGACACCGCUGCCAAUCUGGCUGCCGCUUGAUCUGCAGCGGUCACCGACCUACGAGAUAAUAUACGUGGUGCAGGCGCUGUGUGGCACCGCGGCGGUGCAGCUCUCCAUGUUGUUGGACACCUCCUUCUACAAGCUGACGCUGCUGGUGACGGCCGAGCUGCAGGUCCUCAACGACAACCUGGCGGUGCUCGGGAGAGCGGACGUGUCUGCCGAGCGGAGGGGUAGUUUCCCCACAGCUGUGCCCGGACAGGAAAGGGACGGUGUUGAUGUUCCACGGAUUAAACAGACUGCCGCUCCAGUCACUGAGAAUAACGAUCGCUCAAGAAAGCUACUGUACUUUCAGUUGGUGGAAAACGUACGUCAUCACCAAGCCAUUAUCAAGUGUUUCCAACUGCUGCAGUCGGCCUUAAACUACUCUAUUUCUAUUCUUCUUCUCACCAACAUACUUACGGUGUGCUUCGCUAUCUUCGUCGCUUCUGUGAUGUUACAGAGUGAUGGGGGCCUGAGGAAAGCCAUGAAAACAAUUACUUCGAUUCCCACCUUGUUAUGUGAGACUGGAAUGUUCUGCAUAUUUGGCCAAAUGGUUGUAGAUCAGAGUGAGAGACUGGCUCGGACGGCCUACAGUUGCAACUGGGUUGACGCUGACGCCCGUUUCAAACGAGCGCUCCUCUUACUCGUGACGAGAGCAUCGCAGCCCCUGGAGUUCUCAGUGGGGAAGCUAAUUAAGCUGUCCAGGGAGACAUUCUUGAAGAUUCUGAAUAGUUCGUACACCCUCAUCAGUCUCCUCUAUCAGUUCCAAGUACCAAAAGAUUGAAAUAGCAGAGAAGAACCUAUGACAUAGCAAAAAGAAAUAUGCGAUGAAUGCUUCAAGUACGGCGAAAAUUUACAAAUAACUUUUCAUCACAUUGCAAACAGAGCAUAUCAUUAGUAACUGAUUUUUUCAGACACAUGACUCAUUUUGCUGAAGAUAUCAUUUACACUGAGUUUAUGUUCUGAAUUUUUUAUCGAAGUUUCUCACAUUUAUAAUUAAUUUGUUUGUGCUGUUUACUAGUUGUCUAAGUAUCUCUUUCCAGUUAAAUGGCUUCAUAACUAACAAACUGCUAUAAUCUCAAUAGGUAUAUAGCAACUCAGCUUUUUGCAGUUAAAUGGCUUCAUAACUAACAAAUGCU